AAUUUUUUUGUAAAUUUGUUGACUUGGUUUGCCGCCGAUCCAACCGUAUCUUUCCGUCUUCUUCGAUAGAGUGAGAAUCUAGGGUUUGGGAGAUGAGCAGUCGAUUCCGUUGGAUCCCCAGCACCACAUCUGUAUGAAAUUAAAGGCUGUGAGUCUAUCUGAAAGCUUGAUUUCAUUGGCUUCGAUUUGCUUGAAGAGAUAAUCGAAGAGAUUCCGGUGACGACGGUGAUACAUUGUUGACUUCCAUUUUCUUCCGAAUUUUGAAAGGUUCUGAAGCUAGGAGAGAGUACGAUUCUCACUAUCGUGUUUACUGAGUCCCCAAUCAAAGGAUGGUGCUAACUGAAAUGAGCCUUGACUACUCUAAUAGGGUUUUAGGUUCCCAAAAGGAUAAUGUAAAACAAAUGGAUAAAGAAGAGACGCAGCAGAAGGAAAAUAUGCUAUUCUCUUCCCAGGAAUAUGCUGCAAAGCUUCAAAAGGCAUUUCCUCUUCACUUUAAUCUUGUUGAAUCCUGGCAUAUAAUUUUUUUUUUCUGAUUUGGUUGCUGUAUUGAUUUGAUUUUGCAGGAAAACAUGACACUGAUGAAAGCUCUAGCACACCGAAAUAAACUCGUCGAGUUGAGCGGUAUUGAGAUUCAGAAACUGAGGAUUAACUUACGGAGUGUGCAGGAAAAGAAUUUGCAGCUUGCUCAGGCAAACAGUCAGAUGUUAGCGGAACUCAAUACAAAUAGAGACAGACUCAAGGAUCUCCAGCAUGAACUUGGCUGCAAGAAUGCUUUACUUAAAGUCAAGAAACAUCUUGAGGAGCAAGUACUUCCACGUACACAUCAUGAAUCGAAAGACAAGGUUUCAGCAAGCGCUUCUGAUGGGGAUUGCAAAUCCUUUCAGGUGCAUGACAUAAAACAUAAAGAUACCAAGAGAAAGCGAACAACAAGGAUAAAAUCUUCAGUAAGUGCCGACGUCAAGCCAAUACCUGUGAAUGAUUCUAACAGUAAAGCUAACCGUAAAAGAAGAGUUUCUGGAGUAAUAGAUACUACUGGUAUUCCCGAAGAGAUCUGUCAGACUGAAGAUGACAUUGAUAAGGGGGUUGUCUCUCGAGGGGUAAACCAAGAUAUUGACAAUGUUGUCAACAAGAAGUUUGUUCCUGAUGCAGCAAACCCGGUAAAAGAGAGUGUGCAUCGCAAGAGGCAAUGUACACGAAGGCAAUCUACCAGAUUUGAUGUUCAAGAAACUAAACAAACGGAAAAGUUGCUUGAGAUGGAUGGUGCCAAAGAAAGUAAAGAAACCGCAAGCUUCUCUUUGAGAAGACGGUCUGCUCGGUUAAGGCACGAAGAAGCUGAACCAUGUAAAAGCUUACAUGAGGGAGACGAAGUCAGGGAGACAAUCAAGAGGAGAAGAGUCUCUUUAAGACUGUCUGCAAGGUUUGAUAUACAAGAACCGCAUGUGACUGAAACCUCGAAUGCUGACGAUGCAAGAAGCAUAGUAAUCGAAGAAUCUGCUGGAUCAAGAUCGGAAUCUGUAGAACCAUCCGAAAGCAGGCAUGAAACAAAAGAGAUAACCCGGAAACGCAGUUUCUCAACGAGAAGACAAUCAACAAAGGGUAAAUCUCAAACCGAUGAAGCCAUUAAAGAAAUAGCGACAGACCCAUCUUUGGUCAACACCAUAGUUCAAGAGUGUGAUCAGGAAACAGAAUCAAAGGAUAAGCCUAAAGCUGAUGAAAACGAAGGGAUGACAAGAAGAUCAUCUGUGGGAAGACCAUCGAGACAUGCCGCAGAGAAAGUCCAAUCAUACAGAGAAGUCUCACUUAGAGUAAAGAUGCGACGAAAAUGCUAAAUCUCCAGCAUUGUCUUGUGCUUUUGUAUUCUUAAUCUGCAAAAUUGUUAUUCAAAAGCUUACUUCAUGCUCUUGUAUGGCUUUUGCCUUCUAUAUCUACGCCUCUGUAUUUUGUCGUUACUUUAUUAUGCUAAUUUUUCUUGAAUACAUUAAUUAAAAUUAAGUCGUUUAAUGUGGUAUUGUUUUGAUUUGUUUGUUUAGA